CUCUGAAUUUAUCACCAGUAUGUCGUUCUUCUCAUACAAAGACGUUAUAGAAGAGGGUGACCUUGUACUCGCCUUUAUAAGCCGGACUGAUACAAAGCCCAUCACUGUCACCAAAGGCCAGAUCCUCAACACCAGGUUUGGUCACUUUAAGCAUGAGGAUAUGGUGGGUCUCAAGUAUGGAGAACAAAUGGAAGGUGCUAAAGGAUAUGGAUUCAUACACCUUCUUCAUCCCACGCCCGAACUUUGGACGCUAUCACUCCCCCACAGAACCCAGAUAGUAUACACACACGACUCCGCCUACAUUAUGCAAAGGUUAAAUGUAAUUUCUGGUACUAGAGUUAUAGAAGCUGGUACUGGCUCUGCUUCUUUCACUCAUUCAUUCGCCAGAACCGUUGGGGCAGCCGGAAGAGUUUUCACAUACGAGUUCCAUGAGCCUAGAUAUAUUGAGGCCAAGAAAGAAUUGGAAGAACAUGGACUUACCACAAACACAUUGAUUACUCAUCGUGAUGUUUGUGAAGGUGGGUUUGAGAUUGCAAACAUUCCAGCAAACUUUGUACUGAAAAAUGGAGGAAUUGACGCCGAUAUGGUAUUCUUGGACUUGCCAUCUCCGUGGACAGCCAUAACCCAACUUGAUCUGGUAAUGAGCAAGACUUCUAAAGUUGGAGUAUGUUGUUUUUCACCUUGUAUCGAGCAGGUGCAAAAGACUGUGGAAGCAUUACAGGAGCAUGGUUGGAUCAAUAUUGAACUUGUAGAGGUUUCUGGAAGACGGUGGGAGGCUCGUAAAGACAUGAUCCGGGAUAUGGGAGACGUGGUGAAAAGGUUAAAGGAUAUUCAGUCAAGAAGAGGUAAGGGCAUUGAGACCAGAAAAAGAGGUUAUUUGGCCAACGGAAAAAGACAAUUGGAAGAGGAAACCGACGACAGUGACUCGGGCGUCAAUAAGCUUCCGAAUACUGGAAAAGGAUUCAAUCCUUUUGGCAGAGGUGAACGGGUCAAGGAAGGUGAUGCUAACUAUACGUGGAGAAAUGUUACCAAGGUGGAAAGCGAGAUUAAGACUCACACAUCAUACUUGACGUUUGCCAUCCGGUUGCCUUGCUAGGUAGUUUUGUUCAUGUCCGAAGAAGUAGAGUUUAUAAGACGUGGUCGAUAAUGUCACAUUUAACAAAUGCGGUGUAGCACUGGUGUAGGAACCAGGAUUCAUUCCAAUUCCUGCUUUGAGCAAUUACCCAUUCACUCUCAUACCCCAGAUUCCCUACCACUGUACUGAUGUUGACGAUAUUAGAUGAUAUAGAGUAUAUGAGCCCAACUUUGUACGUGUGAUCAAGCCCAUAAAUGUGGUAUCUUGGUGGUUCUCUAUCAAGGUCUCGGUGGGCAUUGGCCAUGCAGCUCCCGCGCACACAUCCAAAUAAUUUGCAACCACAAACAUAUACACUUUCCAACAAACCUUCUUGUAAAAUGGAACACACCCAGAAAGACAGAACAGCUCCCCACCCAAUUAGAGGUACAUUUCGUGUGAAUAAGUCCGGUAGGCUCCUCUCGGGGUCGUUCGUUUACUCCAUACCAGGCCCAUUCCAACCAACAGAUAAACUUAAA